AAACGACUGGUGCGACCGUCGUGGUUGCCCGCCCACGAACGAUCACACCGAGAAACGAAGCGCAGAUGAAGGCGAGCCCGACUAAGAAGCGCAGCGCGGCCUCUAUCCACGACGCUGCGUCGUUGCAGCAUGCCGUGGAUGCUCCAGAUGAUUCUGCAUUGGACGAUGACGUGGUGCCGGAGGAAGUCGCGUCAUCUGUGAUCACCGCGUGCAAAGUCCACCGGUGCCGAUUCCUCAAGUACGAACCGUCCACGAUCACUGCAAUGGGGUUCAACGCAGCAGGCGACAUGCUGGCUGUCGCUCGACAGAACGGCAACAUCGAGCUGUGGCAUGCGUCGCUCCGGCAAUUCCACCUGCACGCGGUCGUGUCAGGCCGGUCGACCGCGGUCAUUUCAGGCGUGGUGUGGACGUCGUCGAACCGGUUGUUCGCGUCGUGUUUGGACGGCACCGUGAGCGAAGUGAAUUUGAACACGUUGCGGUUUAUCCACUGCAUCCAUGCGAAUGGCGGCCCGGUUUGGUGCAUGCAGUACAAAGCGUCGGAACAAGUCCUUGCGGUGGGUUGCGAAGACGGCCGCAUCCGACUGUACGCGGUGCCAGAAGAUGAAGCGGAGCCGAUCGUGUUCCACAAGGUGCUUGGUGGUACUGGUCGUCGCGUGGUGUCGCUGGCACUGCAUGCGGACAGCGACAUCGUCUUUGGUGGCAACGACGAUGGCGUGAUCUACAAAUGGGACACGCGCACCGGCCGCAAUGAGUCCCGCAUGACUCUCGAGCGAUUCGCCAAACAAGCACCUGCUGUCGUGUGGUCGCUUCUCGUGCUCAACGACAUGACCGUGAUCAGUGGUGAUUCGAACGGCAACGUACACACGUGGGAUGGGUUGUCUGGCACGCUCCUGCAAACAUUUGCCCAGUUGACGGCGGAUGUGUUGACGCUGGCGGUGGACUCAUCGGAGACUCUCUUGUUUGCCAGUGGGAUCGACAACCAAGUGAUCCAGCUCCGCAAAGGUAGUGCAAGCUCUGGCAAAGCGCCGUCAUCGCAAUGGGCGUAUGCGUACAGCCAUCGAGCCCACACGCACGACGUUCGCGCCUUGGCCAUCUCGCCCGGCACGUUGUCCACGGACGACGGUUCCACGCCCGUCUUGGUCUCUGGUGGCGUCGAUACGCACUUGGUUUGGUACAACGCCGCCAAAUUUAACGCCUUGCGCCCGAACAAGGCGACCCCGCUGCCGCAGCGGCCGUUCGUGUCGCUGGCUCCUCAAGCUCGCCAUGUUCUCGUGCAGCACCCGACGUCGCUCGAAGUGUGGGCGUUGGGGUCUGCAAAUGCUGCAGCGCCUGCGGCACCCACCAUGGUUGCGCAGCUCAAACUGGCAGCUGAGGCCAACAUCGUGUCGUCGGCGAUCUCGCCCGAUGGCAAGUUCAUCGCGGCAUCGACCGCGUCGGUGCUCAAGGUGUUUUCCGUCAACGGUCGCGUGAUCAAGAAACUACCGCUCGCGUCGACGGUCGCGCACCCCGCGUAUUCGAUGGUGUUUACAGCCGAUUCCCAGCGGCUGAUCACGGGCGACGUCGCCGUGCGGCUCAUUGACCUGACGUCGCUCAGCGCUAUCAAAGUGUUUGUGAAGAAGCGCAGUGUCCAGACCAAAUCGCUCGCAGUGUCGUCGGACGGGCAAUGGCUCGCCGUCGGUGAUCUCGAUAACCACAUAUCCGUGUUCAACUUGGACGCGAUGUCGUUUUACGCCGACUUCCCGACACCCCAAGACAUGCACACAUGCCUGGGGUUCCAUCCGAACGGGAAGACCCUCGUCGUGGCUACCGUCACCAACCACUUUGCGUGCUACGACGUUGAGCAAAAGAACAUGACCGAGUGGAGCCGCGAAAAUCACCACAAGUUGCCCAAGACGCUGUUCUUGCGCCAGCCGUACAACAUCAAAGGGCUUGCAUUCCACCCGACGCAGCCCAAUAGCGUCGUGUUUUGGAGCCAGCAGUUCCUCUUCCACAUCGAUAUUGACCAGCCGAUUGUGCGCGACGACACGAAGAAGCGGCGCCGCACGCUGAGCGUCGGCAACGCCGUCGACUCAUCCAGCGACGACGUUCCCGAUACUCCGACGGGCCACCCAACGUACCAGUUUAUCGAGCACUACGGUCCGAUUGCGUUUGCAGACUUCUUCGCCGUCGACGAGCCGUCCGCGACCCCCGAGCUCGUUGUCGUCGAGAUGCCCUUUUUCAAGAUGCUAAACGCCCUCCCCGACGCCCUCCAUCGCCACAAGUACAACGGAAGUGCUGGCCAUUGAGUGUCAACGACGUAGAAAAUAUGCUGUAGUACAAUUAAUAGUGUCCACCCAUCGCAUGCGGCACCCCCUCACCCCAGGCCAU